AUGCGAGACGCUCGAGACCACAAUGACUACGAGUUUGACGUGACCAUAAUUUUCUACGACGAUGACGAAGAAUGGAUUCGCGAACAGCUCCGACCGGCUCUCGAAGAACGGCUUCCACAGUUCCAGAGGAACGUCUUUGGUGACCAAGACCUUGUGGUGGGUAUGCAUUACUUAGAUUCCGUCGAUUACGUGGUGAGCCAUAGUUACAAGACCAUCAUAGUGCUAAGCAGAGCUGCUGUGCGCGACCACUGGUUCAUACUCAAGUUCCGUACGACCAUGGACCACGUGAGUGACACUUUGACUGAAUUCGUAGUCGUAGUUUUCCUCGAAGACAUCCCGGAUGGUGAAAUGCCAUUCUUGGCGAGGUUGUACCUCAGUGACGGCAGACCCUAUAUCCACUGGACUGAAGACGUGAGAGGACAAGAUUAUUUCUGGGAAGAAUUGACCAAAAAUCUUACCAUUAAUCUAAGGACGAAUGACUUGAUCCCAAACGAGUAG